AUGGCGAAAUCGAAUGCUUAUCUCAUCUCCAUACUUCUCAUCAUGGCUUUACUCUCUUUCCCUUCAGACGGUCUUACAAUCGCUGGCUACACCAUAACCCAAGUCAUAAUUGACGAUGUCCUGUAUUGUAGAUUUAACGGAACGCCUAACCCUGUCUCGAAUGCCACUGUUUAUUUAACAUGUGGCGGCUCAACCACCAGCCUCCGUGAAGUAGUGACCGAUACCAAAGGUGCAUUUAGAAUAGUGCUCAACGUCUUAGAGACAGCUUUGUUUAGCUCUAGUAUCUGCGGUCUAGGAGCUAAUAUCCUGGAGGGUUAUUGUGCUCUUGUGGCACCGGAAAACAUCCUCUAUGCCCCAUUAAUGCUGGCCAAAAUCGUCAGGAACAAUACUAUAACUACCGCUUAUUAUACCGCCAACCUAUUCGUCGGUUAA